AUGAUAGAGUUUGGGGGGGUAGAGGGGGUUUGGGGGUGGGGUGUGGUGGGUAGGGGUGGGGUGGGAGGGGGGGGGGAUGAUUUUGAUGGGGGGGAGUUGUAUGUGGUGUUUUUAGUUAAAGGGGGGAUUUGGGGAGGGGGGUUGGUGGGGGGGGGGGGGGGGGGGAGUUGGUGGGGGGGGUGGAUUUGUGUGGUAGGGGGGGUUGUUUGUGGGGGGUUUUUGGGUUGGAUUGUGGGGUUGUUGGGGGGGGUGAUGGGGGGGGGUGAUGGGGUUGGAUGGUAG